AUGAAACUUGGAAAUAUAAUUCCAAUUGUACUUACAUUAGUGACUGUGAUUUCGGCUACUUCGUUUGACAUUAAUGGGCAGGAACCGAUUUUAAAAGAUGAUGAAAAGCUUGCGGCCCUUGCUGGCGAAAACACACUUCUUUGGGGGCCUUAUAGAUCAUCUUUAUACUUUGGAGUUCGUCCAAGAAUUCCAAGAUCCCUCUUAUCGGGGCUCAUGUGGUUUAAUGCUGACACCUACCAGCUGUUGUCCAACUUUAGACACUUUUAUGAGCAGCAUGAUAAUAUGGCUAAAGCAAAUUGGAUUGAGUAUGAUCCAAGAAUUGGUGGGAAACAGGUAAUUGAAGACUUGGAUUGUCAUAUCACCAUCACAAUUGACUUUAUUAAAAGCGAAGAUGGUAAAUCAUGGGCCGUUAAGGUUCACUCUAAGCCUCACGUUGGCUAUGAACUGGUCACAACUAGUUUCAUCUGGUACAGUGGGUUAGAGACCGAAAAGGGCAUAGAUACUGUAGGUGGCAUCCCAAGUAUGGAAGAUGUAGAUUAUUCUAACCAAGAGGACGGAUACUUGUUCUUGGAAACUCCAAAGAAUGCCAAUGGAUACAAGGGUAACUUGAAACUUUCCGGUGUAAGUGAGAGCUUGGGCCUUUUCUCUAUCGAGAUAAAUGAUGGUCCUAUCACAAACAAACAUCCUAAGAAUGCAAUUGGUAGAUCUGACUUAAAUCCUAGAAAGACACACCACUUAUCAUUGAAAGUUCCUAACGACAAUGUUUGGAAAGCUAAGGAAAUCUUCACUACAAUUAUGCAAGAUUCAAUUAACGAUUUACUUCAAGGUAACCACGAAAAUUUGAGGAACUUCCCUCCACAACAACUAUUUAUAUUGAGAGACUUGCAAAAGUUUGAAGGUAAUCUACAUUUAGUACAAAAGCUAUACGAAGGAGAAUGCGAAUUUGAUAUAGUUUAUAACAGUGGUUUAUCUGAUGAGGUGAUCACCUUUGAAAAUAUCGAUGAGAAGAUUAGCAAUGGUCUAGAAAAGGUCAAUGCCAAGUAUGACAGUCAUUUUCAACCUUUAUCUGCACCAUUUAAUAAAAACCCUAAGUAUGUGAAAUUUGGUAGAGAAAUCUUGUCUGGAUUGCUUGGUGGUUUGACUUACUCAUUCGGAGAACAUUAUGUGGAUAGGAAAACACAAAUCGAUGAAGAAUCAUAUGAAAACUUACAACUUAAGGGUGAGUUAGAAGGACCAUACGAACUAUUUUCAUUGGCUCCAUCAAGACCCUUCUUUCCAAGAGGAUUCUACUGGGACGAAGGAUUCCACUUAUUGCCACUUUUGAACUAUGACCCUGAGUUGGUUUUGGAAAUCAUUCAAUCGUGGUUUGACUUGAUUGACGAGAAUGGAUGGAUUGCAAGAGAACAAAUCUUGGGAGAUGAGCAGAGAGCAAGAGUUCCUGAAGAAUUCGUUACUCAAAGUCCAGAAAUUGUGAAUCCACCUACUUUAAUGUUGGCAUUUUGUUAUGUUUUGGACAUAGCUGAAAAGUCGAGGGAUGGUGGCACUGGUCUUGAUAUUGAUGAGCCCCAAAUCGUAGAAGAAUUCGGUAAAUUUGGAGAUGACAAAAAACACCUUCCACACUUAUUGAAUUACUCUCGUGAAAUAUAUCCUAAAUUGAAGUCCCACUACUUCAUGUUCCGUAAGACGCAGAUUGGCUACAACGAGGAUUUUGGUCGUGAUUCUUACAAUGAAUUGUAUAGAUGGAGAGGAAGAACUCUUACCCAUUGUUUGGCUAGUGGAUUAGAUGAUUAUCCAAGAACUUUGCCUGCUGAUGUUGCUGAGUUGAACGUCGAUUUACUUUCUUGGAUUGGAGUUAUGACUAAAUCCAUGAAACUGCUUGCUAAAUUACUAGACUAUCAAGAGGAUUUAGAAUUGUAUCAGGGGUAUGAAGAAGAGAUCGUAAAGAACUUGGAAGAGAUACACUGGUCAAAGGAAGAUAAAGCAUAUUGUGAUGUCUCAGUAGAUGAAGAUGAUGAAAAUAUAUAUGCUUGCUUUAAGGGCUAUAUUUCACUUUUCCCGUUUUUGACUAAGUUAACCCCUGCAGAUGAUGUCGAUAAAUUGGAACAUAUAGUUGCACUCUUAAGUGAUCCAGAGGAACUAUGGUCUCCAUAUGGUAUUAGAUCUCUCUCUAAAUCUGAUGAGUUGUAUAGAUCAGGAGAGAAUUACUGGAGGUCCCCAAUUUGGUUAAAUAUUAAUUAUCUUGUCUUAGAAUCCUUGCAAUAUUAUCAGGCAGCAUCUAAGGAAUACCUUAGCAAAGAUUUGAAGGCUAAGGUUUCGGAAACGUAUGAGCAAUUAAGAUUGAACUUGGUCAACAAUGCUUACAAUGAAUGGGAAAGGACUGGGUUCGUUUGGGAGCAGUAUGAUGAUGAAACUGGAUCUUCUAAGGGAGCAAAGAACUUUUUAGGAUGGAGUUCAACGAUUUUACUUAUGAUGAAAAUGCCUUCAACUAUUUAG